AACCUACAUAUAUAUAACGGGGGAUCCCACCACAUCACUCCGAAUACAAAUUUCAUUAUCCAAUAACUUCUUAAUGAUUAAUUUUGGAAAAUUCAAUAAUAAUAAUAAUGUUUAUUGUAAUUUAAAUGUUGAAGAAUCCUCUCGUUUGUAAUUUGUACUAGAAUAAAUUUUGAAAAUUAAUACGUUAAAUUUAUUCCUACAGAGGGCGAUAAUGUAGCUGUUAGCUAAAUACAUGUGAAUUUUGAAUUCUGGCACUGGUUUAGGUAUUCAAUGUUUAUACAAAUUAAAACUAUUAAUAACAUUUGUUUCUUCAACGAUUGACUAACUUGAAUUCUCAUAAAAAAAUAUUUACUAACUGCACUUGAUUUGUUUCUAAAUGGAGUCUUAAGUAGAAGAAUGUAUAAAUUACGGAUCAAUCUUUUACCUACGUGCACCGUCAUGGCGGCUGUUUCCUUUCUUCUGUUUGUUGGAAUCGGGGAACAGUGGGGACGCAUGUUCUAACCUAAGCUAACGUAUUCUAAUGAUUUGGUAAUUUAUUAGAAUAAGUGAAAUUUUUGCAUGGACUGGCAGUUGAAAAGCACUGACUAUGGGAUCAAAGAUUCCACAAGCACCAAUCCCACCACCUUUACCUCCAUCAAUACCUACAACAUUUAAUGCAAAAAUUACUACUGAAAACACAUUAUUAAGUCAAGAAACUGAAAUAACAAAAGCUUGCCAAGCAUCCUGGAAUUAUAUUACUAAUGGGAAAGUUGAUAGUUUUAUUAUUUCAGUGUAUCAUCAAGUGAAACCAAUUCUUCAAGAUGGACCGAAAUGUGGUCUAGUUGCACUGUGUAUGGCAAGUCAAUUAUUAUCCAAAACUUUAAUGGUUGAUGCUGCUUUUGAGAGAGCAAAAGAAUUAAGGUUUACAAAGAAAGGUGAAAUGUUUUCAGAAAGUUAUGAUGCUGAUAGUAACCAUGAGCCAUGUUGUAAAAAAGGACAUACUGCACAUUGGGCUGUUAUUACAGGCUUUUGCAUCAUUAUUGAUGAAAAUCAAUGUGAAUCUUUGAAACUAUGCUCAAAAGAUACUGAUCCAUCUCAUAUCAUUCAUUGGAAAAACAAUUCAUUUCCUUUUAAUGUUGAUGAAAAUACUCCAGUUUUUGUCUUUGCAAGACAAGGAAAGAGCAGUAGAGUACAAAUUUGGAACUUUGAUCAGUUAUGUAAAAGCAAUAAAAAUUUAUCAGAAUUUAGUGUGAAACAUAUCGCGAGUGACUUCAUUUUACCAAAAAAUGGUAUCCAAAAUGAAUUAUCUAAUCAUGCUAUUUUAUUAAAUAAAUGCUGAAGAACUACAAGUCUGUAAGUAAUUACUUUAAUAUUUAAUUAUUAUUUAUUUUUGUUUAAGAUUGUAUUUUAUUGACUAUAUAUUCACAAACUUUCAAUGAUAUGUUUAGGCAUUUAAAUCCAUAAAAAAGAAAAAAGAAUUUAUUGCUUGUAAAUCUAGAAACAUUUUGUUAGAUA